AUGCCUAGCCUACUGGAAGCAGCAUGCUCGGAGCUGGCUCUGUCCCCGCGCACGUACGUGAAGCCGCGGGUGACGGAACCCCGUGGUUCAGACACAAAUUCGCAGGAGGACCGGAACAAUGUCGAAGCCAGCAGCCUGAUCAAGUUGUACUUGCCCGGUAUGUCGACAUCUUGCCUGCUGCAAUUGACUGAUUCCGAAGAACGGCGGAGGAAAGCCGAAGAUGCGACUUCGCCCAAAGGGCAACGCGGGAGCAAGCGGCUGAAAUUCUCUCAAGCAUGGUUGCAGGGCGAGCUGCUGUGGGGCUCUGGGCUUGUCUUGGCGGCCUGGCUGGUGUCUUCAGGAUCCGUCAGGUCGCGGCGUGUGCUGGAGCUGGGAAGCGGCCUCGGCACCGGGGGGCUGGUGGCUGCGACGCUUGGAGCCCAGGAGGUUGUUGUUUCUGAUCGUCCGGGGCCUGUUCUGGAUAAGCUGCAGCGGAACAUUCGGCUGAACAUUGUUGCACAUCGGGAGCACGAACUCCCGCUGCGAGCAUGGUCACUGGAUUGGGCUGCUGCGCAACCGACAGAAGGUGAAGCCCCAGUCUUUGAUGUGAUCCUCGGGGCCGACAUACUCUACGAUCGGAGUUCCCUCCCCUCGUUGGUACUGGCUUUGCAGAACCACCUGGCUCCGGGUGGAACUCGUUUGUCCACCAUCUUUGUGAAGAACAUCCUGAGUGGGAGUGUGACGAGAGGCGUCCACAUCCAUUUGCACGAACAGAGACGAAGGGGCUUGGCGGCUGCCCUGGGGUUGCCAGAGGCAGGUCUUGGCCAGACGGUAUCCGUGCAUCAGCUGAUCACUGCAGAUGAUUUCGGUUGCGACUUAGUCCGGGCCUUUGCCAUCCAUGUCCGCAACUCCGUGGAACAGCCAACCACCAACCGCGGCUAUGACAUCGGCUUCGUUUUCCCUCCGGAAGGCAUGACCUGCAGGGGAUACGACAAUGCCACGGUCAGUGUCCGAUUUCCAGAUGGCGCAGGUCUGCUGCGGAACAACUAUACGCUUGAGGUUGAUGUCAGCAAUCCAGGGUAUGUACCCAACUCAACAACAUGGAGCUUCAUCACACGCGUGCGGAACGAGGAGGGGGAAAAGAUCGUUGAUGCGAACCGUACUCUGGAAGGCUUUGGGCUGGUCGAGCUGCUUCCAAUGCGCCAGGUUGCCCGGUGA